AUGCGACUGGUGAAUGAAAAGAAGGAGAUACAUUUGUACCCCAGUUUUGACCAAUGGAAUGUUGUAGACCACCUUCAGCCAAUAUUUUCAGGUCACAAGCGCUACUGCAAGUGGAAGGACUGCAUGUGCGCGAAAUGUACACUUAUAGCUGAAAGACAGCGAGUGAUGGCAGCGCAGGUGCGUAAUCCUGUAUUUAGUAGCACUUUGUGCCACGAUAUUGAAUCCGCGUUCACUACGGCGCCAGCAGAGCCAAGAAGAAAAAGAAGCCAAAGAUUUGCAGAUACUCCUGGGAGGAAACGGUACGUAGCAAAUUUGACGUUGUUAAGGUGCAAUCUAAAGUAA